AACCCAGACACACUGGUUGGAGAAAAGGAAUUUUUAAAAAUCACACACCUCCAGCAAGUGAAACCCAUUAAAAUUCCAGGACUCUCAUCAUGCAGUCAAGGACAGCUAUUGCAAUGGUUUUUGCUAUGUUGCUGACUUGUACAGAUGCAACUAAAGAAGCCACAAAGAAGAAAAAGUCUAAACUAUCUGUUCCUCAGCUCGACUGUGACAUCAAAGCUGCGAAGAUCAUCAACCCAGAAUUUAUUGCUAAGUGUCCUUCAGGAUGUCAAGAUGUCAAAUAUCGUGUCUAUGGAACUGAUAUCUAUGCUUCCUUUUCCAGUAUAUGUGGCGCUGCUAUUCACAGCGGUACAAUUGACAAGUCUGGAGGGAAAAUCCUGGUUCAAAAAGUCGCUGGACAAUCUGGUUACAAGGGUAGUUUCGCCAAUGGAAUCCGAUCAUUGUCUUUACCACGAUGGCGGGAGUCCUUUAUUGUUUCAGAGGGCAAACCCAAAAAAGGUGUGCACUACCCAUCGACUCUUGAAUAUUCAUCUUCCAAAAGCACACCUGUUAAAGGCAAUGUCUGGAGCUGGCCCACAACCACUCGUUCAAGGACCUUGCCCAGGAAUGAAACAUCUAUGGAAGCAGACCUGUGGAAACCUGGAUCAAGCCUUUUUGACACAGGUUUCAGUUCCAAAGACGAUGUGGUCCCCAUACCACUGGAGCCAGUUUCCCAGGGAAACCCAAAUUGCAAAGUUGAUUUAUCCUUCUUGAUUGAUGGCAGCUGGAGCAUUGGUAAGCGCCGCUUUCAGAUCCAGAAACAAUUCCUCAAAGAUGUAGCUCAAGCCCUGGAUGUUGGCACAGCUGGCCCUCUUAUGGGCAUCAUUCAGUAUGGCGAUGACCCUUCUACUGAAUUUAACUUGAAGACUUAUGCAAACUCUAAGGAUCUGAAAAAUGCCAUCGACAAAAUACUACAGAAAGGAGGAUUAUCCAAUGUUGGUAGAGCACUGUCCUUUGUUAACAAAAACUUCUUUGAGGAUGCUAAUGGGAACAGAGGUAGUGCACCCAAUGUUGCUAUUGUGAUGGUGGAUGGAUGGCCAACUGAUAAAGUGGAAGAGGCCUCGAGGCUAGCAAGGGAAUCUGGCAUUAAUAUUUUCUUUGUCACCAUUGAAGGACCAGAUGAAAAUGAAAAGCAGAAUGUUAUUGAAACAAAUUUUGUGGACAAGGCUGUGUGUAGGACCAAUGGGUACUAUUCUAUUAAUGUGCCCAGCUGGUUUAGCUUGCACAAAGUAGUGCAGCAGUUAGUGAAACGAGUCUGUGACACUGAUCGCCUGGCAUGCAGCAAGACCUGUCUAAAUGCAGCAGAUAUUGGGUUUGUCAUUGAUGGAUCCAGCAGUGUCGGCACUGGCAAUUUCCGCACUGUUCUCCAGUUUGUAGCCAACAUUAGCAAGGAAUUUGAGAUUUCUGAUACAGACACCCGUAUUGGAGCUGUGCAGUACACCUAUGAACAGAGGUUGGAGUUUGGCUUUGACAAGCACAGCUCAAAGCAGGAUGUCCUAAAUGCAAUCAAGAGAAUCAACUAUUGGAGUGGAGGAACUAGCACUGGAGCAGCUAUCAACUAUGCCUUUGAACAGCUCUUCAGCAAAUCCAAACCCAAUAAGAGGAAGAUAAUGAUUCUGAUUACAGAUGGCAGAUCAUAUGACGAUGUCCGAGGGCCAGCUACAGCAGCGCAUCAAAAUGGAGUCAUAGCCUAUUCAGUAGGAAUCGCAUGGGCUGCCCAAGAUGAGCUGGAAGCCAUUGCAACUGACCCCGAUAAAGAACACUCCUUCUUUGUGGAUGAGUUUGACAGCCUCUACAGAUUUGUUCCUAAGAUCAUCCAGAAUAUUUGUAUGGAGUUUAAUUCGCAACCACGAAACUGAUAACAUCAGCAUUCUCCAGUAAACUCUGCAUCGCUGAAUAUUACAUGAGAGAAGCCAGAACACUAGGCAAGGGAUGCCAGCCAGGAGGCUGAAAGGAAUCUGUGGCUAAGAGCCAAUUUCAGCUCUAUUCUCCAUGCAUGGCAAUAAUGGGUGCAGACUGAUCCAUUUCUUUGUUUCUUUCUUUCCUGUUGGUUUCAAAACUGAUUUAAUAGAGGAGAUGGCUACAACCCUUGGUUAGAUAAAUCACUUGACUCAAACCUGUAGUUUGGACUUAACUUCCACACAGAAUAGGAGAAACAUAGUUCUAAGGUUAUAACCCAUAUGCACUAGAGUUAAUGAGUGUGCUAGAGGUGGCAUUCUUCAGUGAUGGAGAGGUGAGUAAGUGGCUAGCCUACAGAUGGCUUUCAAAUAUUGCACAGCACUUUGGAUGCUGACCUUUAAUUAGAAUUGUUGGCAGACACCUGAGGAUAGGAAGCAAGCAAAGAACAAUACUACAACAAGUGAAGCAGAUGAGAAUUUGGAGUCAGGAUUUGGUUCUAGAAAAAAAAUCAGUAACAGUUAACAAUAAUGGAGUGUGGCAUUUACACCAGCUGCACACAACUGCAACCUUGGCCAGCCCACCUUGAGUAUUUUGCUUUGUUGCAAAUUAUAGCACAGGUAGAAGUGUUUAAAGAAUAGUUCUGGGCAAAUUGAAGCUUACAGAUUGUUUAAUGACAUAUCACAGUGCUUUCCUGAAAUUGGUUGUAAUGUAUGCCAGACAGACUGUCUGUAACCUGGCACCAAAGGGGUGAGACAGUAAAUGAUAUAUAUGCUUACUACCAACUUCCUUCCUGCCUUCAUAAACAGGCCCAGAGAGCAGCUUCUCACAUUCCUAGUUCAAUGACAUCACAUGCCCUGAAAAGUUAGGUACCUUGCAUCUCUUCAGAUUCUGAUUGCCGCCCUGGGCUCCUGCUGCAAGGGUGGGGUAUAAAUAAAAUAAUAAAUAAUAAAUAAAAUAAUAAAUUCUAAAAUCAAUGCUCAAACUAGGAGGGAGCCUGCAGUUUUUACUGACGCGAAGAAAGUUGGUGUUGGUAUGCAUUACAAAAAGCCUCAGUGGCAAUGUUUUAUUUAUUCUAUAUCUCAUGGGUCAGAUUUUUAUUAUCUGUCAUCAGCAUCAAACUAAAAGACGUCCUCUGCUGACUUUAUGUUUGCAACAACUUUCAAAAAUAAAGGACCCAGUUAAUGCGAGAUAUUGUUUGGAAUAGUGCCCACCACCCAAAAAACCCACACCCUCUUAAUUUUAAAAUACAGCUAUUAGCACUUACACUGAAACACGAGAAUAGUUUUUCAGCUAAUUAGUCCUGAAACAGGUCUGGUGUGUUGCAAAGACUGUCAAAUAGACAUUUAUUCCUACUCUCUGCUUCCUGUUCUUUAACCAGUUAUCAAUCUGUAAGAGAGCUCAUCUUUUUAUCCCAUGACGUUUACGCAGGAGUCUUUGAAGAGUGAUUUUGUAAAAGCUUUUUAAAAGUC